AUGGUACAGUUUAUUGAGAUCUAUGAUAAUGAGGAUGAAGACGAGCUCUAUUUAUCAGACUUCAGCCAUGUGCCUGAUAUCCUUGACCAUGAACCUUCCAUGAGCAGCAGUAGUAGCACGAUGCCAUCAUCAUCCACAAUACCCCCUUCUCCCAUGCACCGAUCUGAUUACAAUGUUUUGUCCACUUCUACUGCUAUUACGGGCACGACAGCAUCAUCGCCAGAGCCCCUCUCCUUGUCAUCGACCGUUGGAAAGUCAAGAGAAACGCUCAUGUCAGAAAUAGAAGAUACCAUUGAGCAGAUGUUUGCUUCUAUCGCUAUUGGAGAACUAUGCAAACUGCCCAUGUCAAGCAAGCCUCUUCCUCAAAGAAAGAGAAAGAGGCCAUCUUCUGCUGAUGGUGCUGACAUUACUUUAAACACUGAUGCCACUACCAAUGACCCUUCAGCCGCCUCAAGCAAUGACACCACUCGCUACUUGUCGCUCUCCAGCAGCUGCAACAAGGCCAGAGCAUUGGCUCGCUAUCUUUCUGUAUUGCAAAUGAUUUAUGAGGCGGUGGCAUACAAGAUCAUGCUGACCAAAAGAGACAUGUACUAUCGCAACGUAGAGCUCUUUGGCAAACAGUCUGUAGUCGAUAUAAUUGUAGACGACUUUUCGCGUCAUUACAAUGUGCCCAGAUCGUCGCUCAAUGUGAGUGCAGCAUCCAAAGGCCUUAUAUUUGGACCCAUUAUUAUCAAAUUAAAGAACAACAAGAUACUCAACUGCAGUACAAGCAAUGAUACAGCAGAUACAGACGAUGAACAGGGCGUAUUGAUACCGCCCAUUCAUCAAGUGGUGCAAGUGCAAUGCAAGGCAAAGUGCAUGAUCGUAAUAGAGAAGGAAGCUACAUUUCGAUAUCUCGUCUCGAUUGGGUUCUGUCAAUCAUUACCAGAGAGCUGUGUAUUGGUGACAGGCAAGGGCUAUCCAGACUUGUCCACAAGACAGUUUGUAAAGUACUUUUCGACCCAUUUCACUACAAAACCUAUCCUGGCACUGAUGGACGGUGAUCCCCAUGGCCUGGAUAUUUAUGCUACUUACAAAUGGGGCACUCGAGCCAUGGCAUUUGAUGUGUUUAACCUAGCAGCCAAUAGCAUUGAGUUGAUUGGAUUGACAUGUCAAGAUCGUCAAGAGUUUCAUAUUUCUCCUCAAUGUUUGAUACCUCUAUCCGAGAGAGACAAAUCUAAAUGCCAAGCCAUGAUGCGAACCUACGAUCAAGAUGAAACACCUGGACAAAGUCAACUUAUUGAAAGAGGAUGGUGGCAAGAUGUUGAUACGGAAUUAGCCUCUCAAAGCCAUCAAUCGUAUAUUAGAGAGAUCACUCAACUGUUGGCUUCCGAUCAUAAAUGCGAGCUUCAGGCAUUGAAUCACAAUGGGCCUUAUCACUUGACAAACUACCUCAUCAAAAAAUUGGCUAAAUACAUUUAA